GGUAACAGAAAGGUCACAAGAAGUGAAGCUCAAAAAAGCUCUCUGAUAAAUGAACAUAUAGCAUAGAUAUACAUAUAUGCAUUUCAACUAUUUUCUCCCUCGAGAAUGGCGAAGACCGGUGAGGGUUUCUGAAGAGUGAAGAUAUUGUCUUUGAACGAAGCUUUUGGGUUGAAAUCUUAGUCGCAGGGAGACCCUUCAUCAAUAUGGGUUCAUGAAUUGAUCAGCUGGUGAUAUUUAUAGCUCAAACAUGAAACUUGAACAUAUGAAAUGAUGAUAUUAUGGGAUCUUUAAGUUUGUGAAUAAGAAGAUGGACAAAGUUUGUGAAUUCUGCAUGGGAUUGAGACCAGUUAUUUACUGUAAGGCAGAUGCAGCAUAUCUUUGCCUUUCCUGUGAUGCAAAGGUUCAUUCAGCUAAUGCUCUUUCAAACCGGCAUCCCCGAACCCCGGUGUGUGAAGCAUGCAGAUACCGCCCAGCUCAUGUUCGAUGUUCUGAUCAUAGGAUGUUUAUGUGUCAUGGCUGUGACUGCAGUCUGCAUAAGGACUCCUCUCAACAUCAGAAACAAGUGAUUAGUAGUUUCAUGGGGUGCCCUUCUGCUAAGGAUUUUGCAGUGCUGUGGGGUUUUGAAUUAAAUAAAUUGGAGAACAGUACUCUUCAAAAUCAGUUCGUCUUGACUUCAUGUGUGUCAGUGGAUACUGGUGUUAAGAAUUCAAACUUUCCAAGACAAUCUAUGUCUAGUCCACAGACUGGAGGCCCUUCAUUAGCAUCCCAGGCGAGCACUGUGACUUCAAUCCUUGGUGCAGAAUAUGAAGUUGGACUGAGCAGUCAACACACUGAGGUAUUUAACAAAGGUAAACAGCAACAAGACACGUGCAUUAUUCUUCAACAGAUUUUUGACUUGGAGAGGCUUCAACUCACUGAAGGAGACAAGAAUUCAUCUUUAAUACGUGGCAAGCAGACAACUGACAUAUCUUCAUCUACAUAUGACACAUCAUGGAAGCUUGAUCAGUCUUUCCAGCAUUCCCUUGGUCUUGGUGCUGAUCCCCAUCAGGAGCUAAAUGUAGAAUAUUUUUCUUCACCAUUUCCUCCAUUAGAGAACUUAACUUUGUCUUCAACUGUGGGAAACCAUUUGCAGGGAGAGCCCCUUUGGCAAUGCAGAAGUCCAACUCAGAGUUUCCAGCUGUGGUCUCAAAAUAUGCAAGAUCUUGGAAUCUGUGAAGAACUAGCUUGCAUUAAUGAUUUCAACAUACCUGAUGUUGAUCUGACAUUCCAAAACUUUGAAGAAUUCUUUGGAUGUGAUCAAGAUUUAACCAGAGCAUUGUUUGAUGACAAAGAUAUGACAUGCUCCUCCGUGAACAAGGAUACAUCCCUCAAUGGGUUAGAUCACAGCCAUGCAAAAGAAAUUGAGGAUGCAUCUGUUGCUUCAUCUGUUUACAUUAUUCAAUCAGCUAAUCUAGACAAAGAUAUUGGUCUUUUUAGCUGUGAAGGUUGUUCUUAUCAAAUUCGACCAUCUUAUUCAUCAUUGCCGCCUUCACUUACAAAGUUCGGUGCUGAAAGCAAUGCAACUGACUACAUGGAAGGUUGCUUUUCACCUGUCAUUGCAAGAGAGGAAUCUCCAUGUAAUUCACCUGAACUGAAGGGUUCAGAAUCCAACACCGAAGGAAAUGCCAUGUUGAGACACAAAGACAAGAAAGUGCGGCGGUCUGGUAAACAAAAUCGAUAUGCAUCUCACAAAGCUAGAACUGAUUCACGGAAGCGUGUAAGGGGUUGUUCGUUUUCUUAAGGCAGAGGGCUAUGAAUCUGACAACAUUGAUGUGACACAACGAAGCUAUUGAAGGUACCUUCCAGUUUCUGCAUAAUGGUGUUGUACAUAAUAAGGCGAGCUAGGCACUUCAACAACUUGUCUAUGGGUAUCCUCUUGUUUAUAACUCCAUUUCUACCAAUUCUUUCAAGACUUAAAUGUAUAUAGCUUGUCCUUUAGUUCUAACAGGGUAAAAAAUCAAAAAACAAAGAGCUAAAAAGAAUUAAGGCUUUGUAUUUAUCGAAUUCCCCUAUUUGGCUUGAACAAAUAUAAUAGCCAUCUCUCUCUCUC